UUUAGCCAGCGUGGCUCGGUCGAGUGUGGAGUCCGGCAUGUACGGCACGGUGCAGGCUCUUCUAAGAGAGAUGAGUGGACAAAGUGCUCUGGAGAAAGGACUCAUGCGAUGGAGUCUUCACAGGAAGCUGGAAGCCAAUCCGUCCUGCAGCGUUUCAUUGAUCAGAGUCCUGAUCACCCAGCUGGACAAGCUCAUUCAGAUUCAUGAAAGGCGAUCCUACGCUUACACCAUUGCAGCGCUGCACACACUCUACUACGUGGUUAUGCAGUCGGGUGUCAUGAUUCCGACCAGCGUUUACCAGAAGGCAAGUGAGUGCUUGAUCAAACUGCUGCAGUUUCCAUCUCCUUAUUCCUCUGUGGCCCUGAGCACUCUGAGAGGCAUCAAGAUGGAAAUGACCACACCAGGUUCCUCAUAGCACAGGAGAGUCACCGCAGAGCAGCACUUGGUGAACACGCAUGUCACCAUCCAGGAAAAGGUGUUUGUGCUCGCGGACCCGGCUGUGUUCUCUGCUGCGCUGGAAGCAGCAGUGAGGACACACUUGGAGGAGUCCAGCUUUCUCACAGACACGUCAACCGUGGAGAAGAAUGUGGUGCUUCACGUGCUGCAGGCGGGACUGGGGGCGUCCUGCCAAAGCUCCAAGUUGGCUCACGCUCUGAAGGCUUUGGGGGAACAAACGGUGAAGACGUAUUUCCAGGAAGUAGAUCUAGCCGUGGAGAAGAGUGUGAAACAGGGUGCAGCUGGUGGUGCCGACUAUCUGAACAGACUGCAACACAUACACAGAGACAUCUUGACUGUCUCCAAAGAAGGUUUGUAUUCUGCAGUCUGCUAACAAACCAAGCUCGAUCCGAGUUCUGGGUUCAACACUGCAAUGCCCUAUCCAGAGAUCAACUUCCACUUGUGGAGGGGCAAAGAGGAUCUAUGGAAACUGCUGGCAAACUUUGCCAGGUGCUGCGCCUCUAAAUCAAAUGCUUCUGAUGAAGAGCAGAAGGACAGACGGGAUUCAGUUCAGUCUGUGGACAGUGGGAUAGAGAGAGAUCUGAAAGAGAGGGAUGUAUCGCCGCCUGUAUCCACAAACCCUGCAGCAACACGGAGAAACGGCAUCAAGACCAUGAAGACGCCACAAAAACUGUGCUUCGUGGGGGACCAGACGAAGCUUCGUCCUGAAAGCCCCGACAAAGACGGGAGGCGUCACACAGCUCGGGUCGUGGUACUGGGAGACGAUCGCGUGCUGGGAGGAAUUGCCAGAGCUUAUCGCUCGAUUCGUGAGAGAGAGUCCAAUUGUCCUAUUUUGACCAAGAUGGUGGACCUGCGGUUUUACUACAUCCCGGUCUCUGAUGAGAAGCACUCGCUCGGUCCACCUGAGCACCCAUGUCAGAGCAAAAGCAGAUUGUCUCUCGCCUCCUUACUGGGACGAGUGGAUCCAUGGUACAACAGCAACAUCAACAGUCUGGGAGCAGCAAUCUCCGCACUGGCGGGAAAGCAGUGUGUCCACAAAGAGCCGCCAAAGCCCAGCGUCUUCCUUCUGGACACACUGUGUUAUUACCUCCGCUGUGGGACGCAGACACUCACGCUGCCGCUCUAUUCGGUUAAGAUGACCCGCUCCGGCUGCGAUGUGAUACAAGAGAUGUUUGUGUCCCACGUGGAGGCCAUCAUCCCAGAGUUCAGACACUUAAUAGAAAAGUCCUCUCAGGAACAGCGAGUACGCCCGAGGAAGACGACGCUGAAAGUCUUGGGGUCGGUCCUCUUGGUCAGUUACACAGAGAUCUCUUUAAGCAAACGAGAAGUCAAAAAGGGAGACGUACCCAUGACGUGUGGCGUGGUGAUUGCAUCAGAGGCGGCAGGUGUAACCUCAGGCAUGGAUCACCUCACUGUCAAGUUUCACAGUGUUAACCCGGCAAACAACAGAACCAUCUGAACCCAGCAAAUCAGCAUCAGAGCCACGCAGUCGCUGACCCUCUCUGUGUGUCUGGACAAGGACUCCCGCUGUACUUACGCCGAUAUUCAAAGGGUGGAAAUCUCCCCGUGUUUGGACCCGGGAUCCGAGCGCGAGCUGCUGUUUAGCAACUACGUGGACAAAGUCCUGCACCUGCCAAUCCACACCUUCAGUGGUGUUUCCCCCUGAUGGACACGCUGCACUAAACUCAACAGGACACACAGUUGUAUACUAUAAAUAAUAAUAUGUUCUUGUAAUGCUGUUCACUGUCUUUCUGAGUUUGGUAAUAUCACAUUGUCUGAUCUGUGAUCAUCUGUUUGAAAUGAGGAAACACAUAUGAGGAAGAUAACCAUGUGGUGUUAGUCCAUUAUGUGGGCUGAAUAAAUAAAAGCAUCCGUCUUCUGAAUGUGUGAGAUAACAAACGGCUUUUAUUUGCUUAGAGGAAGUUGUUUACUUGAACGUGCGUUGCC